UCUGAGAUCUGUUAAAUGAAGCUUGAAAUUGCAAUCCCUUGCAUCGGGGUUUCAUUUAACUCAAAAAAUGAUGAGGUUUUUCCUUGGCACCCACCCACAAUUAAUGGCCAUUCCCAUGAGAUUCCAGGCUUUGCUUCCUUCGCUUCUGCCCUCAAAUGGGAAGGCGGGGUUUCCAUGGUUCAAGGUGCUUCUCGAGGAAUCGGUCUCGAAUUUGUUAGACAAUUGCUGGGAAAGAACAAAAAGGGGCAAGUUAUUGCCACGUGCCGUGAUCCUACUAAGGCAACAGGGCUUCUUGAAUUAAAAAAUCAGUUUUCUGAACGCCUUAAUAUUUUACCAUUGGAUGUGACGGUUGAAAGUACUAUAGAGGAGUCUGCAAGAUCUAUAACAGAAAGAUAUGGCUCUCUUAACCUUCUCAUUAAUGCAUCAGGCAUUCUUUCAAUACCCUGUGUAUUGCAACCAGAAACAACACUGAGCAAAGUACAAAAAUCAUCCAUGAUGCUUGCUUAUGAGGUUAAUGCUGUGGGUCCUAUUUUAGUUAUGAAGCAUAUGUGGCCUCUUCUGAAAGUUGGAGGAGGGUUUGGCACUGAAAGGGAUGUUGCAGUUGUGGCAAAUAUAAGUGCCAGAGUCAGUUCCAUUGGCGACAAUCGUUUAGGGGGCUGGCACUCUUAUCGAUCUUCAAAGGCUGCACUUAAUCAAUUGACCAGAACUAUUUCGGUUGAGUUUGGAAGGAAGAAAGAACCGGUUGCAUGCAUUCUUUUGCACCCAGGCACAGUGGAUACCGAUCUGUCAAAGCCAUUCCAAAGAAAUGUUCCAGCAGAAAAGCUUUUUACCAAAGAGUUCUCAGUGGAAAAGCUCUUGAACAUUAUUAACAACACAAAACAAGAAGACAAUGGCAAGUUCUUUGCUUGGGAUGGUCAGGAAAUCCCAUGGUGAUUUAGGAAUUUCAUUUUUCAUGUUCAUAAAUACACAUCAUCAU